AUGAGCUCCUUUGAAUUGACGAAUCUCUUCUCCGUGAAGGGGAAGGUCGUGUUAGUGACCGGUGGUAGCAGGGGCAUUGGCAAGAUGAUAGCCACUGGGUUCGUGAGGAACGGAGCUAAGGCGCCGCGCCUGCUUACCCUCUGCUCACAGGUCUACGUUUCCUCGCGAUCGGCGAAGGAUUGCAACAAGACUGCGUCUGAGCUCACUGCUCUCGGCCCUGGCACCUGUAUCUCCCUUCCCGCGAACCUUCAGAGCGUGCAGGAGAUCCAGAGGCUUGUUUCCGAGCUUAAGUCUCGGGAACAGGUUCUGGACGUCUUGAUCAACAAUGCCGGUGCGGCGUGGGGGGAGAGCGUCGACACGCAUUCUGAUGAUGGAUUCACCAAAGUCAUUACGCUGAACCUUCAGCGCGUCUUCACGCUCACCCAGGCCCUCCUUCCCUUGCUUCGUGCCUCCGCCGCGAAGUCCAAGGAUGGCCGUACGCAUAAGGACCCGGCACGUAUCAUCAACAUUGGCUCCAUUGAGGGACUCGGCGUCCCCGACCACGAAACCUACGCCUACGCCGCUGCCAAAGCCGGUCUGCACCAAUUGAGCCGUCACCUCGCCGGCCGCCUCGGGCGCGAGGGCAUAACGUCCAACACCAUCGCCUGCGGCCUCUUCAUCACUAAGAGUGCGCUGAAAAUCAUCCAAAAUUUUACGGAAGAAGGGAAGGGUUGGCUGGAUAACAUCCCCCUUCGCCGCUCUGGAACGCCCGAGGAUGUCGCUGGUACGGCUAUCUACCUCGCGAGCCCCGCGAGCGCGUACGUUAAUGGGGCGACGCUUACCCUCGACGGCGGCAACCUCGUCAACAUGCCUUCGCAGUCGAAGCUGUAG